CUUACCGAGUUCCAGGCGAGAACGGAGUUCGUAGCAGAUGUUGAGUGCCGCUCCGAGGUAAAAGUUGCGCUUACCUUCCUGUAAUCCAUACUGGUGGAAUCGCGGCUCGUUUAUAAGCUCCCGAGAUAUUUGCCUCUUGCACGUUCUUACCCCGAAAGUUCAAAAGAAAUCAGCACACCUCAUCCUCUCCAUCUUCAUCCCAUUUCCGUUUUCUGGGUUAUCUCAACUUGUGUCAACGGUUUGAUAUUAGACGCCAACCUUCAAGAUGGGCGCUCUCGAUAGACUUUCUCAACUGGGCAACCAGAUCUCCGGCGUCUCCGUGAGCGGCAAGGCUAAGCUGCUCGAGAAGAAUCCCGACGAUAUCGUCGUCACCUGCGCGCUGCGGACGGCCAUCACCAAGGGCGGAAAGGGCGGUUUCAAGGACACAUAUGCCGCCGACCUGAUGGCGGGCGCCCUCAAGGGCGUCAUCGAACGGUCGGGCAUUAACCCCGCGCUGGUCGAGGACAUUGUGGUGGGCACGGUGCUCGCACCCGGCGGCGGCGCGACCGAGAUGCGGGCGGCCAGCCUGGUGGCCGGCUUCCCGGAGUCGACGGCCGUGCACACGCUCAACCGGCAGUGCUCGUCGGGUCUGCAGGCCUGCGUGGACAUUGCCAACGCGAUCCGCGCCGGCAUGAUCGAGAUUGGCAUCGGCGCGGGCGUCGAGAGCAUGUCGACCCAGUACGGCCCCGCCGCCGUGUCCGAGUUCUCGGAGCUGCUCGAGAGCCACCAGGAGGCGGCCAACUGCAAGGUGCCCAUGGGUGUGCUCUCGGAACAGAUGGCCAAGGCCCGCAACAUCUCGCGGGCGAGCCAGGACGCCUUCGCCGCCCACUCGUUUCAGAAGGCCGUCAAGGCCCAGGCCGCGGGGCUGUUCAAGGAGGAGAUCCACCCGCUCAAGGUCAAGUUUGAGGACCCCAAGUCCGGGGAGACCAAGGAGAUUGUGGUGGACCGGGACGACGGGAUUCGCGACGGCGUGACGGCCGAAUCGCUCGGCAAGAUCCGCCCGGCGUUCGCCAAGGAUGGCAGCAUCCACGCUGGCAACGCCAGCCAGGUCAGCGACGGCGCCGCCGCCGUGCUGCUCAUGAAGCGCUCGACGGCCGAGCGGCUGGGCCAGCCCAUCCUGGGCAAGUACGUCGCGGCCUCGGUGGUGGGCGUCCCGCCCCUGCUCAUGGGCGUCGGGCCCUGGAAGGCCAUCCCCAAGGUGUUUGAGCUCGCCGGCAUUAACAAGGACGACGUCGACAUCUUUGAGAUCAACGAGGCCUUUGCCAGCCAGUGCCUGUGGUGCGCCAACGAACUGGGCAUCCCCGCCGAGAAGAUUAACCCCAAGGGCGGCGCGAUCGCCUUUGGCCACCCGCUCGGCUGCACCGGCGCGAGGCAGGUGUCCACGCUACUGUACGAGCUUAAGAGGAGGGGGCAAAAGGUCGGUGUGACAUCCAUGUGUGUUGGUACGGGUAUGGGCAUGGCGGCGGUCUGGGUGGCCGAGUAAAAGGAGUCAAACAGUGCUAAUUUGAACCGCUUUCUUCCUGUAUAACAUUAUCAUGACUUGGCUAUGAGUGGGAGUUAUAUCCUAGAAGGCAAUAUGCAUUCCUAUUCUAUCACUUUCUUGGGCCAAAUAUCGAGAUGGCCCUCUUGCGCUUUCUAUUGAAUGUCACAUCCAGCAGGUCUACAAGUUGCCUUAAAC